AUGCUUCUUGGCUCGCACAUCUUCUUCUUGGCGCCAACUCUCCUUUGCUGCAACUCUAGAGGAGCAAAAUUCUCUCUCUCCUCCAAAUUCAUCUCAGGAUUUUCUUUAAACAAUAAUGGGUUUCCUUGUAUUACUCCUACUAGGCUCUUCCUCCCUUCAGCUAGUUUGAAGAGAGAUGAAAAUAAGGAGGCGGAUGAUUUUGCUGAUCUAAAGGAGAAAGUGGAAAAUUUGGGUAUAUGCUGCGAUUCUAUUAACCCCGGAGAAUACACACGAUUAAUGUGUCCCAAGUGCAAAGGUGGUCGGCAAAUGGAGAAGAGUUUAUCAUUUCAUAUGUCCUGGAAAAGGAAUUAUGCAUUAUGGAGGUGUUUUAAUUUUGAAUGUGGAUGGGCAGGCCAGAUCCUUGCACACGACAACACGGCAUCUGAUGGGGUCCAUCAACUUGGCAGAAUGAAUUCUCCUCGGGUACUUACAGAGGAAAGCUUGAAGUUAGAACCAUUAGGUGAUAUGCUGGCUGCAUAUUUUGCUAAGAGGAUGAUAUCAAAGGAUACUCUGAAGAGAAACAAUGUCAUGCAAAUGGCUGGUGAUCAGAUCAUCAUUGCCUUUACUUAUAGGCGGAAUGGUAUGCUCAUUGGCUGCAAGUAUCGGACUCUUGAGAAAAGGUUUUGGCAGGAGAAGGGUACAGAUAAGUUUCUUUAUGGACUGGAUGAUGUAAGAGAAGCAGACGAGAUCAUCAUUGUAGAAGGUGAAAUAGAUAAGCUUUCAGUGGAAGAAGCUGGAUUUCUCAACUGUGUCAGUGUUCCUAAUGGCGCACCACAGACCAUCGCAUCCAAAGAACUGCUACCAAAGGAAGAGGAUACCAGAUUUUCAUACCUGUGGAACUGCAAAGAGUGCUUGGAGAAGGCGUCCCGAAUUGUGCUGGCAACUGAUGGUGAUUUACCAGGCCACGCAUUGGCUGAAGAGCUUGCCCGCCGUCUGGGGAAAGAAAGGUGUUGGCAAGUAUGUUGGCCUAAAAAGGAUGAGUUUAGCAGUUAUAAAGAUGCAAAUGAGGUACUUGUAAAUUUGGGAUCACAACCCCUGAAAGAAGCGAUUGAAUGUGCUGUGCCAUAUGAAAUGCAGAAUUUGAACUAAUCCAGAGUUCUUAUAGUCUUAAAGAUAUUUUCGACAGUACUUGACUCUCUCCCUGAGACAUUAUGUGAGUCUACUAUUUCUGUAAGUAACAUCACUCAGGAGGAGGGCUUGAAGCAAUUUUGUCAACACCUAAAUUUCCCUUUUCAGAAGUUCUGCAUUUCCCUUUAACUCUUUGAUUUGGAUUUGUCAAACUGAAUUGCUUAAAUAGGUGCCAGGUUUUGGAGAUGAAAGGUUUCAUGUUCUACUUGGAAGUUGGAAUGCAGGUUCUUGGAACAUAUUCACCAUACAACGUACCUUGUUAUAAGAGUCAGAGGCUUUCCAACGAUGGAGGAACGAAAUCUGUUUAGGUACAGGUUUAAAACUGUUUAGGAGAUUAAUUUUUUAUAAUGUAUGU